GUGACAUCUCAGGGCAGAGUAGAGUGGUUGAGUAAACGGUGAACUCUUUAGCAAGCUACAGCUAUUACUACCGAGUGUCACUGUGACUAUUACAAAAAUACGGUUAUCUUAGGUAGUUCUUGUCGUUUGGAUAUCAUUAACAGUGAGUACGACGGGGAAACAAUGCAUUUUGAUCCUUAAUUUUUCGCAUCUUUAUCGUUCGACCAGAGCUGAUAAUGCUUAAAAUGAAGCUGCCCAUAAGAACGGCGGAGGAGGAAGGCGACGAUACGGCCGAGGACGAGCAAGAGCAAACCAAACAUAUACCAAGGUCUGUCUCUCCUUCGUCCUUUGAGAGACCUCGCGAAUGUUCUGGAGAAGGAUACCCUUUCCGACUGACCAAGGAAACUGUGUUUGAAUGGUUUGGCUUACACCUAAACUCUGCGAAGCGUAUUGAGUUCAUGUAUGGAUUGCUACAUAUGUGCCAACCCCUGGAGCUCCGCUUUUUGGGAUCCUGCUUAGAGGACUUGGCCAGGAAAGAUUACUACGUUCUUCGGGACUGUGAGAUAAGAGCGAACAGUCCAAAUGACAUGGGGCUUUUAUCAAAUGUGAUUGACCCUGUCAUGAGGUCCAAACUGCUAGUCUACUUAUCUCUCUUGGGAUCUGACAAUAGGGAAUGUGCGGGUAUACUAUUUCGCAUUUUGAGCCAUGUGGAUCCCGCCCUGUGCUACAAAAACUAUGGCCUUCCCAUUUCUUCCUUUAGGGACCCCCAAUUUCUACCCUUUCAUCCUCCGUGUGAGGAUGGGGAUGAGUACGGGCGGUCAGAGCAGGGUUGCAGGCCGCUUAUGGACACAGGGGCCGGACUCCUAGAGCAACUUGCAUUGCUUUUCACUAUGGCUUCGUUACACCCAGCCUUCCCUUUUCACCAGAGGGAGACGCUCCACGGGCAACUGGAAAAAGUGGAACUUGCGAUUGACGAGCAAACUAAACUUCAGAAUAAACAAUCCACUAACACACAGAACAAGACACUAAGGUCAGAGUACCUGUCCUCCGUCACUGAGGCCGACGACACUGAGAGGAGCCAGACGCUCUUAACCCCCCAGUCCCCCCCCAGGAGAACACCAAGAAAAGCUGUUCAUAUAGAGAAAAUAGUCCUGAAGGGUAUCUCACGGACCAGGUCUGACAGGGAAUACAGUUUUGAGGUGAAGUGGUCAGACUCAACAUCAAGCAAAGUAACGAAAACCCAUCUAGAGCUGGAGAGCUUCCUGUUAAAGCUUCCAAAGGAGCAGUCGACGGAGUCGUUCGAGAAGGGCAUCCUGCAUCUGCUCAACCAGGGUGAAAAGUACGAGCAGCGGGAAGUGGAAAGGAACCUCAAGGAGACGUUCCUGUCUGCGCCACCUGCCUUCCGUCAGACUGGCCAAGUGUGUGGCUUCUUCCUCACCGACUGCUCUUCCUCCUCCAGCAACAGCUGCAGCAAAUGUAACCCUGUCCUCCUGGGGAAAGCCUUUAAGGAAGACUGCUCAGAGGCCUCCAGCCAAGAGGAAGAUUCAGAGCCUUACAUCCAGGGUCACAGGAAGAAGCCUAGCAGCAAGAGCCCCAGCCUCAGUGUGCCUAACUCCCGGGGGGCGGUGCCGUGUGAUGCCCGGAGGCGGCAGCAGCAGAGCAGCACUGAGCUCAACGGCCUGCCGGAGUGGAGGAGGAAGGGCAACAACACUCACAAACCCAACACAGAGCCCGCACAGCAGCAUGUUGAUGACAGACGGAGCUCCAGCACUAAGACGAAAUCCAGAGCACCCCCUCAUGUCAGGGAGAAGGGGAAGAAAGAUGAGGGACAAGUGUCUGUGGUGGCCAACGGCAUCUCAACGUCUCCAGCCACCACGAGGGGACGGCCGUCCGAGGGAAAAGACGUGUGUGCGGACGCGUUCUCGGGACAGGACACGUACGGCGAGACGUCGUCAGAGAGCUACAGCUCCCCUCCCAGCCCCCAGCACGACGGCCACGAGAGCCUGGACAGCGAGGACGAGAAAGACCGAGGUGCGCAGCGUCCUGUCCCUCCAGCCCUGUCCAGCCGAGACACGGACAGCCACUCGGACGACUCCGCUAAGGUCUGUGUGGAGCCCUUAGUCCUGCGGGAGGGCGCGGGUCCCUCUGCAGUGGCCUCGAGGCCGGCGCUGGUCCUGGGCAAGCAGCUGGGUCCGGCGCUGAGCCCCGACUGCCCCAUGGGGCCGGUAGAGUUCCCCCCAAUGCCCUUCCCCGUGCACCCCGUCUCCUACGUGCUCCAUAACGGGGCGGAUGUGGCGGCCGUGCCCGGCCUGCCCACCGGUAUGCUGCCCAGUUCGGCCACUGUGCCUCAGGCGGGCGAGAUGCCGCCAGACGUAUCCCCGCUGCCGGGCUUCGGCCUCUCUGGCUUGCCCAUGAGCCCCUCGCUGCAGCCCCAGGUGCAUCGCUUCAAGACGGGCCCCGGGCCCCAGGCGGCAGCGGACAGCGGCGGGGGGGGUCCUUCAGCGUCCCAUCAGCCCCCUGUGGGCGCCAUCAGCACACCCACACACACACAUGCACACACACACAGCCCGGCCGCCCCCCCUGCCUACACGUCGCCGUUCCAGCCUGCCUACCCUGCCUGUCCCGACGCCGCCCCCCUGGGGUCCAUGGGCCUCUCCGCUGACCCCCACACCAAGCCCCCCGCCAUGGGCCUGGCCCCGGGGCUGCCCUCCUACGGCCCGCCCAUCCCCACCUCCGUCAUCCCCAGCAUGGGCCCUGGCGCCGCGGGGAGUCCGCACACGGCCUCGGCCAAUCAGGUGGCGGCGGUGGUGCCCACCCACACCCCUGGACCCGCCCCCAGCCUAAGCCCCGCCCUGACGCACAGCACGGCACAGAGCGAGAGCACCUCCUACAUCAACAGCAGCACCCAGCAACAACAACAACAACAACAACAACAACAACCGCCACCUACAAUGCAACAGCAACAGCCCCCUCCCCCUCCCGCCCAGCAGCAGCAGCCUAUGGGCUGUGGCGCUUGCGGUUGCCGUGGCAGCUGCGGUGGUAAUGGCAGUAGCAACAUGGGCAGUGGCGGUGGAGGCCACAUGCCCAGCUACUACUUCCACCAGAUGGCGCCGACGAGGCAGGUGUUCACGCACCAGAUGCCGCCGCACCUCUUCCCGCUGUCGUCUCUCUGCAGUGGCAGCUACCUCAGCCAGGGGGCGCCGCAGGGCACCAACGCCCCAGGGCAGCAGCUCUCCUUCUUCCCAUCGGGCCCUGGCACUGCCACCGCCACCUACCCAGGCGGAGCGCUCCUGCACACACACGCGCACACACACGCGCACACACACGGCCACACACACGGCCACACACACUCGGAGCACGUGCUGGGCGGCCAGGCGGCGGCAGCGGCGGCGGCAGCAGUGGCCAGCUACGGCUUCCAGCAGAUGGCGGCGUUCAGGGGCUUCUACCCGCAGGUGUACCCCAUGGGCCACGUGCAGGCGGCUGGGGGCGGCAUGGCCUUGGCGGGCGUCGGGGGCAUCAACAAGAAGAACGGCGUCAUCUCCUGCUACAACUGCGGCGUGACUGGACACAUCGCACAGGACUGCAAGCAGCCCCCCAUCGACGCCACGCAGCAAGGUGGUUUCCGGCUGAAGUACAUGGCGGUUCACAGUUCCGAAGCGCUAGACAACUCGGAAGGAUGAGAGGCUGGACCCCCCACCAGUCUGCUGACCAGCCCUGACCACCCUACACGAGGAGAGAGGCUCCAUCUCACCUCCACACCUGUCCCACCAGUUCACCUGUGCGUGCGCUCCUCCAGGGGGUCGUGAGGGCAUGGCGUGAACACUUGUGCCUCCUUCUCCACGGGCGAGAGAGAGUGAGAGACGCGCUGCACUCUGGCUGCAACGAGGGACUCUUUCCAAGUGGCUUCUUGUAUUUUGCACUGAAGACUCGCGCGAAACAGCGGCUUAUGUUUACUAACUUAUUAUUGUUGUUGUUGUUGUUGUUGUUGUUGUUGUUUUUUAAGUUGAAAGAAGAAUAGCAAAAGACUAGGAGAAUGAGGUUUGGAAAUGAUUGUUCAUUGAUUUAGAAAGGGGAUCUAUAGUGUUCUAAGUCGAGGGUUUCUUACCUUUUUUACAAUUGUAUAUUUAUGCUCUGGAACAAAAAAAAAACUAUGUUUGGUUAAUUUUUAUUAUUAUUAAUAAUAUUAUUAUAAUUGUUGUUGAUGCUGAAUUAUACAGUAAAGAAUAUACAACAAAAAAGGUUAAUGGGGGAAAUAGAUUUUUUUUCCCUAUUUUUCCUUUUGCUGCAGUGUGUUGAAUGUACAACAGUUGAACUUGUUAGUGCUGAGCAACUUCACCAUUUUACUCCUGGGCAAAACCAAGAGCAUUUCCAGGCAUCAUAAUGUGAAUCCCCAACAACAACUCUGCUUUUAUCAUGUUUUGUCACGUCAUAGUGAAAAUAGCUGCUGUGUGCUGCUCUCCCUCUCUUUCUCUCUCUCUCUCUCUCUCUCUCUCUCUCUCUCUCUCUCUCUCUCUCUCUCUCCAUCUUUCUCGCUCUCUCUUCCCCCCCCCCCCCCCUCUCUCUCGCUCUCUUUGUCUCUGUCUCUCUGUCAUUUGGGUGAUAUGCACUAGGGUUUAUAGACUCCAGUCAAUAAAACAGAGUUUUGAGGUUCUCGCAUGACAAGCAGCAUCCUGUAAAUGCGGCCAGCUGCUGUCCCAUAGGCCUCAGACGGUGCACUUUGUUGUUUUGCCACUAGAUGGUGACAUUGGCCAUCACAGCGCUCCUAAUGUCAGUCAGUGCUGAGCGGCUGCUGUAGCUCCCCCUGCUGGUUGCAGGCUGCAGUGGCCUCCACCCUGGAGACGUGUCAUUCUGUUGGACUGUGUUACCCUUUUCUACCCCAUGUUCCCUUCAGCCUCGUUGUUCGUCCUUAUCUUUCAUUGUUUGUUGGUUUGUUUGUUUUUCAUGCAGCUAUGUACUCAGUGGACAACAGCUAGAUUUGUAGACUCUUACUAUGUCAUGCCAAUUUUAAAACCUGCGUAGUACGACUGGAUAUGGAAAAUGGACUAGGAUCAAAAUGAGCUCUACUGUCACUGUCCGAAAGCAAUCAUCUUGUUCACGUUAGGUUUGGAAUGCAAUGGUUUUGCAUACCAGUUAAGAUUUAUUUAAGUUGUAAUGUGCUUAGGUUUUGUCUUCAAACUUUCUUAGACAACUGCUGAAAUUGUAAAAAAAAAUAAAAAAAAACCUAUUUUGCUUGAAGAGAAGAAAAAAAAACAAUUUUACAGUGUAAACAUCAGUCUGGAUUGUGGAACUUCACUUUGAAAUGAAACACAGAAAGACAAACACUUAUAUGGAAAAAGGUGGACCACUAAGUUAGGUUGAUGUUGGAUGAACCUUGCAAUCUCAUGGGAUUGUUGUACAUACAAAUCUGCCAGUUAUACUUGUCAAACUUUUUAAUGGUUAAAAAACAAUGCUGUACUGUGUACAAGGGGGGGGGGGGGGUGGGGGGUGUAAGCUGUUACCUUCAGUAUGUUUACUGUAUUCUUUGAUAUCUAAAUGUCAUUAUGUACUGGAAAGGUCAAAUAUAUUUCUAGAACGAUUUGGAUUUUAUGCAAAUUGUUGAUUUUGUUUUGGUUUUUUUCCCCUGGAAUUAACAGCAAUAAAUACAAAAUUCAAUUGUCUUGA